UUAAGCACUACAACCUCUCCCUUCGUAGGCUUUCUCAUCUCCAUUUAUUUAUCUGAUUUAUCGCGCCGAGAAAGAGACUGAGAGGGUCUUCGUUGCAAACUCGAGAGGUACGUUCCCUCACGCUCUGAUCGGUUUCUUUAUCUGUGCAGGUUUAGGGUUUGGGUUAGAUCUGGUGGACUUUUGUUUGUUUUGACUAAAGCAAUUGUUUGGUAGAGCAAAGAUGUCACCAGCUGACUCUUCACGCGAGGAUAAUGUGUAUAUGGCCAAGUUGGCCGAGCAGGCCGAACGUUAUGAAGAAAUGGUUGAGUUCAUGGAGAAAGUUGCAAAGACAGUAGACGUUGAAGAGUUGUCUGUGGAGGAAAGGAACCUUCUCUCUGUGGCUUACAAGAACGUGAUUGGGGCCAGAAGGGCUUCAUGGAGGAUCAUCUCCUCCAUUGAGCAAAAGGAGGAAAGUAGGGGAAAUGAAGACCAUGUUGCAAUCAUUAAGGAAUACAGGAGCAAGAUUGAAUCCGAGCUGAGCAAGAUCUGUGAUGGCAUUUUGAGUCUUCUUGAGUCACAUCUCAUCCCAUCGGCCUCAUCUGCCGAGUCAAAGGUGUUUUAUCUCAAGAUGAAGGGUGAUUACCACAGGUACCUGGCUGAGUUUAAGACUGGAGCUGAAAGGAAGGAAGCUGCUGAGAGCACCUUGUUGGCUUACAAGUCUGCGCAGGACAUCGCACUUGCAGAGCUUGCUCCUACUCACCCAAUAAGACUGGGUCUUGCACUUAACUUUUCUGUGUUCUAUUAUGAAAUCCUUAACUCACCUGAUCGUGCUUGCAAUCUUGCAAAGCAGGCCUUUGAUGAGGCUAUAUCCGAACUGGAUACAUUGGGUGAGGAGUCAUACAAGGACAGUACAUUAAUCAUGCAACUUCUCCGAGACAAUCUGACUUUAUGGACUUCUGACAUCACGGAUGAUACUGGGGACGAGAUUAAGGAAGCAUCUAAGCGUGAGUCAGGGGAGGGACAGCCGCCGCAGUGAUAAGUUUUGAUAUGUACCCUGUACUUUGAAUCUUGAGACCUUCUACCUAGAUGGCAUGUGGGUUGUAGUAGGAUUUCGUAAUCAACUGAUGAUCUUGAGUGCUUACAGCAGCACUCGGGAUUGAAUUGUUCCUGCAGAUAUGAAUAUGUGCUUUUAUUUAUUGAUGGGAAGAAUGUGGUUUGGUGUUUGAGUUAUGUGGUAAUGAUUAAAGUGCUGAAAUUGGUGCCUUUUUUA